CGAUCGCUCACUCCGUCUGUCUUCACCUCAUCUACACGCUUCACAUCCCAAAGUUCUCAUCCGACUCGACUCUUACUAGUCUUGUGCGCAAGUCCCGGACCGGGACAAGGGCAUCAUGAUCUCGGCAUUCUUCAUCUUCAACCAGAAGGGCGAGGUGCUCAUUUCCCGCCUCUUCCGUGCAGACCUGAAACGCUCGAUAGCGGACGUGUUCCGCAUCCAGGUCAUUUCGAACCCGGACAUCCGCUCGCCGAUCAUUACCCUCGGCUCGACGUCGUUCUUCCAUGUGCGCCUCAACAACAUCUUCGUGGUUGGCGUGACCAAGUGCAACGCGUCGGCGGCGCUCGUUUUCGAGUUCCUCUACCGCUUCAUCACGAUCUCGCGCAGCUACUUUGGCAAGCUUGACGAGGAGAGUGUCAAGAACAACUUUGUGUUAAUCUACGAACUCCUCGACGAGAUCCUUGACUUUGGGUAUCCGCAGAACUCGGAAAUCGACACGCUCAAGAUGUACAUCACGACGGAGGGCAUCAAGUCUGAGAUGGCCGUGCGCGAGGACUCGAGCAAGAUCACGAUUCAGGCGACGGGCGCAACGUCAUGGCGCCGCUCGGAUGUCAAGUACCGGAAGAACGAGGCCUUCGUCGACGUGAUCGAGACGGUCAACAUGCUUAUGAGCAAGGACGGCGCGGUGCUGCGCGCCGAUGUCGACGGGCAGAUCCUCAUGCGCGCGUACUUGAGCGGCAUGCCCGAAUGCAAGUUCGGGCUGAACGACAAGCUCGUGCUGGCCAAGCACGGCGACAGCUCAGCGUCCAAGAUGGACAACGCGGUCGAGCUCGACGACUGCCAGUUCCACCAGUGCGUGCGGCUGGGCAAGUUUGAUACGGACCGCUCGAUCAGCUUCAUCCCGCCCGACGGCGAGUUCGAGCUCAUGCGCUACCGCUCCACGAGCAACAUCAACCUCCCCUUCCGGCUGCAGACGCACGUGACGGAGCCGACGAAGAGCCGCGUCGAAUACACGAUCCACCUCAAGGCCGCGUUCGACCACAAACUCAACGCUAACAACGUCGUGCUCCGCAUCCCGACGCCGCUCAACACCACCAAGGCCGAGGUCAAGGUCGGCGUCGGCAAGGCGAAAUACGUGCCUGCCGACAACGUCAUUGUGUGGAAGAUUCCAAGGAUACAGGGGCAGCAGGAGUGCACGCUCACGGCUGAGGCCGACCUCGCGAUGACGACGCAUCGCCAGCCGUGGUCGCGGCCACCGAUCGAGGUUGACUUUUCUGUCGUCAUGUACACCGCGUCGGGAUUGCUUGUCCGCUACCUCAAGGUCUUCGAGAAGUCAGGGGCAAACUCCACCAAAUGGGUGCGAUACCUCACGAAGGCCAACGGUACCUACCAGAUCCGGUUCUGAUACCCGCCCCUCUUUAUGUUGAUUAUGAUGUAAUAUGUGCCACUGCACGGCACGGCGUGAGAACGGCCGCCACACUCAAUCUGCCCUCAGCCUGCUUCGUUGGACGCAGCUGUCGCACAAAUGACGCCUGUCUAAUCCUAUACGUGUCCAGAUGAUACAGAGGCAUGGGUGUAUGCUAUGAAGACGGGCUUCUAUUUUAGUAUGAGAAUGAGAAUGUGUAGGAUGUCGGUGAUGAACAGUCUAGUGCGAU